AUGCUGCUUCCACUGACACCCGAACAGACCGCUCAUAACCCGCCGUUGCAUAGACAAGAUUACUGUCAGAGCCAGGAAGCCAAUUCCUGCAAACGCCAUGCGCAUUUGCUCUCCGACAGCUUUACUCCGAAACCACCGCCAGCUAAACAGGCUCGACAGCGGGAAGUGAGCAGUCUCAACGAUAUUUGUCGCCGACCGACGACCCCGAGAUGGUCAAAAGAUCUCUUUUCGCCUGCAAAGCCGGUUUUACCAAGAUACCCCCCUCCGGUCAGGUCCCCGACACCCCCCGGUCUUCCAUCGUUUGGCACCCAGGACGCCAUUGGCUACUCCGCCCAAUUCCCUGUACAGUCCUCCACUGUUGAUAGACAGCCUCAGCUGCAUGACCGUUUCUACCGUAACCAAAACUCUCGUCGUCAGACUGCACAGGACACCGGUGCUUUAUCUUACGGGGAGCGAUGGCGAAGGCGCCUUGGUUUCGCCUCCAUUUCUCCCUCCAACCAACCAACUCAGCAAGUGUGUACCGUUGCAAGAGCGGCCGAUGGUACUGCUGUCCUGGGUCGAUUUCCAUACAGACAGAGCGGACAUGGCAUGAAUGCCGCAAGACGGCUAGAUGAGCACCCUUUCCAUCGAAGAACUCUCACAAUGGCUCAGUGCGAUGGUGUCAACGCAGAUGAUAACACAAUUCAUGAGGAUGCGCGAUCAAUUGUCGGUGUAGCAAACCUGGAUCAAAGGACUUCUGUCGCAUCGAGUGCAGACUCAAGUAUUGGGAAUCAUGAGCUUCAAAAUGCACUUCCGCGGCCGCGCAACGCUGUCCUUCGCCCGCCACGAAAACCAAUAUCCAUGAACACUUUCCGUAAUGUCUCCAGACGUACGUCGUACCAAAAUUCUAUCGGCCAGCCGCACGCACCUGAAGUACCCGGAGAAGGCCCCGGAUCAGGCUUGCAGGCUCAUAGCAGAACCAGUGACCCUGCUGGGGGUCUUCUCGCUUCGACACAGACGUCGACGAUAAGUAACGUGCAACAAUUGGAUGUUGGAGGGGAGGACAAGCCUGUGACUUGGCUACAACAGGUGAAGACAAGCGCUUCUUGCUUUUUUUGUUGCCUACGAAUGGGCAACGAGUCUGAUACCGUCACGGAUUCUAAUACAUGCUCCCAUGACACUUAUGUUACAGCCAGAAGCCGAGUAACCGAUGAGAGUACAACAGAGCAACCGCAUAACCGGGUUGGUCUGGGUAAGCAAUCUCAGCAGUUCCUGCGGUGGUGCUCGGAUACAUGGAAAUCGCUUCGGGGUCUGGCUUCGCGCAACUUCCUUGUCACGGAACCUAUGCUCGGUUAG